AUGACAUGGUUAGAUGAAAUGGAUACAGUGGUUGACAUCAGUGGUUGCGUUGAUAGGGAUGCGGUGAAGUUUGUAUCUCAGUCAUUCAAAGGUGAAGCACUAGCUUGGUGGAGGUCUUUGAUCCAAGCUACCGGAAAGAUCCCAUUGUACAAUCUGUCUUGGGAUCAGUUUGUGACGUUGAUCAAGGAAAACUUCUGUCCUCAACACGAGGUUGAGAAGAUCGAGACUGAAUUCCUAACACUGGUGAUGAAGAAUUUGGAUUGUCAGGCCUACCUUACAAGUUUUAGUACAAUGUCUCGAUUGGUUCCAUAUUUAGUGACACCGGAACCAAAACGGAUAGCUCGUUUCAUUGGGGGUCUAUCCCCGGAAAUCAAAGCCAGUGUGAAGGCAUCCCAACCUACUACCUUUAGGUCUGUAGCUGAUCUGUCACUAUCUCUUACCCUAGAUGCGGUCAGGCAGAGAUCGCUUAGGAAUUCUGAUGCUGGGAAGAGAAAACGUGAGGAUUAUAUCUCACACCGUUCAGACAAGAAGCUCAAAGGGAACUCUGACCACAAGAAGAGUUCUGGGUUUAGAAGGGAUGAUCAGCAGUCGGGUGAAAAGCCCAAGUGUAAAAUCUGUAAGAAGCGCCAUUUGGGGAGAUAA